AUGUCUGCUUCUGACCCAAUUUCAGAGAAUGGCGUUCUGAACAAUUCCGUGGCACCGGAACUUUCGAGUAUCGACUUGAAACGCGAAGAAUCUCCACCUGUGAAGAAAAUCAAGACCGAAGAGGCGUCUAUACCAAAGCACACAGAACCUCCAGUGCACGAGAUUGUCGGUGGUUCUUCAAUUAGACAAUAUCUCAAUAAGCACUUGACCCAGCACCUUCUAGAAGGCUUGAAGCAAGUUGGCAAGGAUAAGCCAGAGGACCCUUUGUUGGCUCUCGGGAAAUUUUUGAUUCAGCGUUCUGAGGAUCUUAAAGGAGAGUGUAAUAAAGAUGCAGAAGGUAAUGCUUCAUAG